CCCUCCUAGAGGGCGUCAUCUUUUCUACUAUUAGUUUUCUCCUUUCCCUACAAGCUAUAGGAGGACGGUUCUUUGCUAGGAAAGGAAAUAUAUGUUAAUGGUCGUUUUAUUUUUAAGGGAAGCGGUGUACACCAGUGAAAGAUAGUCGCGUUAUAAAUUAGGAUUUCAAGGGAGAACACCGUGAUCGCCUAUGACCCACUAGCAGAGAAAAGAAAGCUAUUUUUGGCCUGUGACAGAAAAAAAAACUUCAUUCUUUGGAAAAGAAGACUGAAAGUAAAAAAGAAUGUCGGCAAGAGGGGGAAAGAAGAAAAGCACCAAACAGUCCCGAUCUGCCAGGGCAGGGGUGAUCUUUCCUGUAGGAAGAAUGCUUAGGUACCUACGUCGGGACACACACAAAUACCGCAUUGGCACAGGAGCACCUGUCUACCUUGCUGCCGUCAUAGAAUAUUUAGCAGCUGAAAUACUGGAGUUGGCAGGUAAUGCAGCAAGAGAUAAUAAAAAAGGCAGAAUCACACCACGCCAUAUCCUGCUUGCUGUUGCCAAUGAUGAGGAACUAAACCAGCUGUUGAAAGGUGUCACCAUUGCAAGUGGAGGUGUGCUUCCAAGAAUUCACCCGGAGUUACUGGCUAAGAAGCGUGGAGCCCGAGGCAAGGCGGAUGCCCAAUCUCCACCAGAGAAAAAAGCAAAGAAAACAGCUUCAGCCAAUAAAUCUACAAAGAAACCUUCAGCCAAAAAGAUGGGAAAGGGCAAAGUCCUAAGAAAAGUAAGGGACAAGCAUGCAGAAAACAGCAAAGAUGGUGCAUCCAGUUCCAACUUGGAGGAUGGUCCUGGAGAUGGUUUCACUAUUCUUUCUUCAAAGAGUCUUUUCCUUGGACAAAAGCUGUCUCUGACACAGAGUGAAAUUAGCAAUAUAGGUUCCAUUAAAGUAGAAGGAAUCAUUAACCCAACAAAUGCAGAUAUUGAUCUCAAAGAGGAUGUCGGAAAUGCACUGGAGAAAGCUGGUGGCAAAGAAUUUCUAGAAGCAAUCAGAGACUUGCGCAAGUCUCAUGGACCUCUGGAGGUUGCAGGGGCUGCUUUAAGUCAGGCAAAUGGACUGGCUGCAAAAUUUGUGAUUCACUGCAAUAUUCCUCAGUGGGGUUCAGACAGGUGUGAAGAACAACUGGAAAAAACGGUCAAAAACUGUCUGUCAGCUGCUGAGGAGAAGAAACUCAAAUCCAUUGCUUUUCCCUCAUUCCCUAGUGGCAGAAAUGGUUUCCCUAAGCAGACAGCAGCACAGCUGAUCUUAAAAGCAAUCUCUAGUCACUUUGUGUCCUCGACAUCUUCCUCCCUGAAGAACAUCUACUUUGUUUUGUUUGACAGCGAGAGUAUUGGAAUCUAUGUACAGGAAAUGGCAAAGCUAGACACCAAGUGAAGCAGUUCAGUAUGAAUUUGUGUGUUUUUGUUUUUAAAGUAAAAUCAUCAAGAUUUAACUGAAUGAUCACAAUUGAAGAGGAUUGAUUUGUGUAGAAGAUUCACCAUAAUGUGUGGCUUUUUUUAAAAGUUGGUAGCUUUUGUCAGGAAAGGUAUGUUUGAUGUGUGAAUGUACUUGUAUGCCUUUUGAUUACUAUGAACUGUUUUAUAGUCUCUGAGAAAAGAGAGUCAAAGUUCAUUUGGAUUUUAAAUUCAACAUUGUAUUUUUUUCCUUCAGCAAGAAUUUUAGCAAAGGAAGCGUAUGUUACCUAAUACAAGAAAACCCUGGAAAUUUUUAUUUUGUUUAUUUUGGUUUUACAAUUUAUUACAUUCCAUGUACAAAGAAAAAGUCUAAAAGAAGUCUGUUUUAUCUGUUUUAUCCCCAAAAAUAUUCUUAGUAGUUUCUGAUACCAUUAGUUUACUAAAAAAAAGUGUGUCUUACAUUCUGCUCUGAAAUAAAAACAGAUGUUUGGCA